AUGGGCAACUGGUUUCUCGGGCUGAUUGACUUCAUGGUGAGCAGUCAUCCAAUUGCAGUCACUCUUCGCGAACACGUCGUUUUUAAGGUGAUUCCCAUGAUGAAUCCCGAUGGAGUCUUCCUGGGAAACUACAGGUCAACGCUGACAGGGUUCGAUCUGAACCGCACGUGGCAUCAGAUCUCUCGUUGGGCGCACCCCGAGCUGCACGCAGUGCACACCAUGCUCACCGAACUGGACCAAAACAAGGACGUGGACCUGGACUUCGUUCUCGAUUUCCACGCCCAUUCAAGUUUACAAGGUGUUUUUAUCUACGGAAAUACUUACAACGACGUUUACAGAUACGAGAGGCAUAUUGUAUUCCCGAAGAUGUUAGCUCAAAAUGCAGAAGACUAUACGCCUACAAACACAAUGUACAACAGAGACGUCACCAAGCAAGGUACAACACGUAGAUUCUGCUGUACGGCGCUGAAGGACUCCGUCAACAGCUAUACACUUCAAGUAUCGCUCUUUGGAUACCAGAGCCCAAACAACUCGUCCCUUUUCUACUAUACAGAGGAAUCUUACUGCCGACUGGGCCGUAACGUGGCGCGUGCCUUCCUCGACUACUAUCGCGCUGUGGGCGUCGUCACAUCACCACCUGCUGCCGCCACGCCGGCCUCUAUUUUAUCAUUUAUACCGCACAUAUUUAUUUAUAAUUUAGUCAUUUACUUUACCUGA